UGGAGUUUGGUAGUGGAGGUUGUACCGUACUUUUUUUUUUUUGUUUUUAAGUUCUAAAUUAAUUUUUUUUUAUUGUGUUUUUACCUAAACCAGCAUUUUGAUGUUUUUGAGGCCAGCCCAAAUGAUAUCAGAGGCCUACAAGAAACAGAAGCUCUUUCUUACACGCAUAGGUCCAAUCCAGUGUGUCGCCAAGAAAGAAACGGAGGCUAUGGUUAGACUGAUUCCGGGUUGUAUCGAGCUCUUUUCUGUCAGUACACUUCGCAGAUCAGUGGAGCCAUGAUUUUUCUGGUAAUGUACAAAAAGAGGGAGUGGCGCUCAACCCUCUUAUUGUCUGCUUGCAUCAAGUUUGGAGCUAAUGAAGCACUUUGCAAAUUCAUCAAGAGAACAUAGAUUAUACACGCUAACAAAUGAAACAAGCAAUGAUGGGCUGCUGCUGCUGCAGACUAUAAAAAAACACAGAUAGUGUUGCAGCCAUGAUCUCUUAAGCAUUGUUGGUGGCUCCACCCCCCGUCCGCCUCAGUUUAUUGUUGAUGAUACUGGGAAGACUACAUCUGAUCUCAGCCAUGCCUGUCUGUUAUGGCAGAAAAAAGGAUCAAUUUAUCCCCAGUAUGGAUAAAAGCCACAUUAUCUGAUAUAGUUUUGUCCACUAUUUAUGGACUAACUUCUCGCCAGUUAUGGACCACCUGGGCUAAUCGCUUUGCACCUCCCUCUCCCUCCCGUAUCUUCCAUCUCAAAAGACUCUUCUACACACCUCGACAGCCCUGCCAAAUUUGUGGCAAAACAAAUCACCAAGCACUCAACUGCUAUAACAGGAUGCAUUUUUCUUACCAAGGGAGUCAUCCUCCAUCUCAACUUGCAGCAUUAAGAGCCCAAUCAAAUGUCCACAUCACAGAUGAUCUUGACCACUUAUCUCUGCAACAACAGUCGUAUCAAGGUGCAGACACAGUUACAGAGGUCAACGAUCUUGGUCCACUCUCAUUCUUCUUGGGUAUUCAAGUCACAAGAACUACCGAUGGUCUUCACCUUCAUCAAGUAAAAUAUGUGACUGAUUUACUUCAUCGAACUAAGAUGGUGGGUGCCAAACCCUUGUCCACUCCUUGCAGUUUUGGUGGGAAGUUAUCAAAGUUUUCGGGUGGCCCCCUUUCUGACUCGACAAAAUAUCGCUCAAUGGUAGGAGCUUUGCAAUAUCUUACCCUCACAAGACCUGACAUCUUCUAUAGUGUCAACCAGUUUUGCCAAUUCCUGCAUUCUCCAACAACAGUGCACCUAACUGCUACUAAACAUAUUUUAAGGUAUCUAUAGGGCAAUCUUACGUUUGGUCUACAAUUCACCAAGGGUUCUCUGCAACUAAAUAGCUUCUAUGACUCCAAUUAGGCCGGGGG